CAUGACCAAAUAGCUAGAAAGUAACGCGGAAUCGCAGUUGCAUCUACACUCGGCGGCUGUCAUCAUCCGUGUACAACUCGCGCACACUUUAAAGACAUGCUUGAGGCUGCAAAGCGUUUCUACCACCACACAAUGCUAAAUUUUCAAACUUUUUCCCUUCUAUUCACGCUCUUGUUUCUGCUAUGGAAGCCUGCCACAGGCAAGAGCGGGUGCACGGAUAAGUGUGGACGCGUUCACAUUCAAUUCCCAUUUCACCUCAGAAACAGCAACUUGAACAUGAAGCACCGCACCGACUAUCCUUCUGGGUUUGAUCUGCUGUGCACAGACGCAGGUGAGACUGUGCUGGAGCUUCCUUCUGUUCCAAUCAAAUUAUCUGUCAAAAGCAUCGAUUACAAGUCACAACAAGUCCAAAUCUACGACCCCCAAAAUUGCCUUCCCAGACAACUCAUAAAACUCGGCAAUUCCUCUAUUGCGCCUUUUAAUUUCCAAUCAUAUGGUGCAAGCAACGUUUCCUUCUUCCGCUGUAACUCCAUGACGUGCCCAAUUUUGCAACUUUAUUUUAGUGACGACUUUAUUGAUCCUGCCAUAAUAUCUUGCACCAAGGUGAGUGAUGUUUUCUCGGUCCAGUGGCAAGUGCUGGAUGACUCGAGGAACACCGUUGUUAUGGAAUGGUCCAACCCUGAUUGCAGUUCCUGUGAAGCACGAGGGCAAAAUUGUAAAUACAAGAAUGGUACCCAAGGAGAAACUGAAUGUUUCAUUUGCCCAACUAACAGGCUUCCAAGAUCAACUAUUGUACUUAUUGCUGCAGGGGGAGUAGUUGGUUUGAUUCUUUUGGUGCUACUGGUGAAAGCGCUGUUUUAUGUUUAUGACUAUUAUAAAACGAAAGGAGAAGACCGGGCUAGGAUAGAGAAAUUCUUGGAGGAUUAUAGGGCAAUGAAGCCUACAAGAUUCACUUAUUCCGACAUUAAGAGAAUCACAAAUAGAUUUAGUGAAAGUUUAGGAGAAGGAGCUCAUGGAGCAGUGUUCAAAGGAAUGCUCUCCCGAGAGAUUCUCGUUGCUGUGAAGAUACUCAACGACACAAUGGGAGAUGGGAAGGAUUUCAUAAACGAAGUGGGAACCAUGGGAAAAAUUCAUCACGUUAACGUUGUUCGCUUGCUUGGAUUCUGUGCGGAUGGGUUCCACCGUGCUCUCGUCUAUGAUUUCUUCCCAAAUGGGUCACUGCAGAGAUUCUUGGCUCCACCUGAGAAACAGGAUGUUUUUCUUGGUUGGGAGAAGUUGCAACAAAUUGCCUUGGGUGUUGCAAGAGGAAUUGAGUAUCUCCAUCUUGGUUGUGAUCAUAGAAUACUUCACUUUGACAUCAAUCCUCAUAAUGUUUUAAUUGAUGACCACUUCAUUCCAAAGCUCACUGAUUUUGGACUUGCCAAGUUGUGUCCCAAAAAUCAAAGUACAGUGUCUAUGACCGCAGCCAGGGGAACCUUGGGCUACAUUGCCCCCGAAGUUUUCUCCAGAAACUUUGGUAAUGUGUCUUACAAGUCUGACAUUUACAGUUAUGGGAUGUUGUUGUUGGAGAUGGUUGGAGGAAGAAAGAAUACAAAUAUGUCACCAGAGGAAAGUUUCCAAGUUCUGUACCCGGAAUGGAUCCAUAAUUUGGUAGAAGGUAGAGAUGUUCAAGUUACAAUUCAGGAUGAGGGAGAUGUUAAAAUUGCCAAGAAACUUGCCAUUGUAGGACUUUGGUGCAUUCAGUGGAAUCCAGUGGACCGUCCAUCCAUGAAAACUGUGGUGCAAAUGCUUGAAGGAGAUGGAGAAAAGUUAAUAGCACCCCCUACUCCUUUCGACAACACCGUUUCUUCUAGAACAAAUACUGUUGUUGCAUCAAGACACCAUAAUUUUGAGUUAGAAAUUAUUCAUGAAAUAGAAGAAGAGUAAAUAAAGUCUCAAUUUUAGGUUUUCAUCAAAUGUAAUCUGUACUGUAGUACUUUAUAGAAAUCAUAACACAAGCUUAUUAAUUUGCUUGUUUUUUGUUUCUUAUCCGAAUUGGAUAAUUGUUUUGACCGACUUGCAACACAAAAUGCUUUCUUUUUCUGCUUCCACUUGUAAUUGUGUUAAAAUACCUUCAUGUAGCCUUCAUAAUGCAUUAAUUUUUUUACCAUUUCUUCA